GCGCUCAGUGCCAGGCGGGAGGCGGCAGCGGUUGGAGGCUUCGCUGGGCUCUGCAGCGGGGACUUCGGUGGCGGCUCCCCAGGCACCUCGGCCCUGAGGUGGAACAAUAAUAAAUUUGGGUACCACUUUCAUAUCCAGGGUACAAAUCCAUGUUUGUUUUCCAUUUGAUGACCUCCCUGUGUUAUCCUAUUCCUGAGUUAUGAAAACUCUUUUCUGACACUUACACGAUGAGGCGAGUGGUACGACAGAGCAAGUUUCGGCAUGUAUUUGGACAAGCGGUGAAGAAUGACCAGUGUUAUGAUGAUAUCCGGGUUUCUCGUGUGACCUGGGAUAGUUCCUUUUGCGCUGUCAAUCCCAGAUUUGUUGCCAUAAUCGUAGAAGCGAGCGGGGGAGGAGCGUUCCUGGUGCUCCCUUUGCACAAGACUGGGCGAAUUGACAAAUCCUACCCUACAGUAUGUGGCCACACAGGACCCGUGCUCGACAUCGACUGGUGCCCACAUAACGAUCAGGUCAUUGCCAGCGGCUCAGAGGACUGCACGGUUAUGGUAUGGCAGAUCCCAGAAAAUGGACUCACCCUUUCCCUGACCGAACCUGUGGUGAUUCUAGAAGGCCACUCAAAGAGAGUUGGUAUCGUGGCCUGGCACCCGACAGCCCGGAACGUGCUUCUCAGCGCAGGUUGUGACAAUGCCAUCAUCAUCUGGAAUGUGGGGACGGGGGAAGCCCUUAUAAACUUGGACGACAUGCAUGCAGACAUGAUUUACAAUGUCAGCUGGAACCGGGAUGGCAGCCUGAUCUGCACAGCCUCCAAAGACAAGAAAGUGAGAGUUAUCGAUCCUAGGAAGCAAGAGAUUGUUGCUGAGAAGGAGAAAGCACAUGAAGGAGCAAGACCCAUGAGAGCCAUCUUUCUGGCUGAUGGGAAUGUCUUUACCACGGGUUUCAGCCGCAUGAGUGAGCGGCAGCUGGCUCUCUGGAAUCCGAAAAACAUGCAGGAACCAAUUGCUCUUCAUGAAAUGGACACUAGCAAUGGGGUGUUGCUGCCCUUCUAUGACCCUGACACCAGUAUCAUUUACUUAUGUGGAAAGGGUGACAGCAGCAUCCGCUAUUUUGAGAUCACGGAUGAAUCCCCAUAUGUCCACUACCUCAACACCUUCAGCAGCAAGGAGCCUCAGAGAGGCAUGGGUCACAUGCCCAAGAGGGGCCUUGAUGUCAACAAAUGUGAGAUUGCCAGAUUCUUCAAACUUCACGAGAGAAAGUGCGAGCCUAUUAUCAUGACUGUCCCCAGGAAGUCUGACCUGUUCCAAGAUGACCUGUACCCUGACACGGCGGGGCCCGAAGCGGCGCUGGAGGCGGAAGAGUGGUUUGAGGGCAAGAACGCGGACCCAGUCCUCAUCUCCUUGAAGCACGGAUACAUUCCAGGCAAAAACAGGGAUCUCAAGGUGGUCAAGAAGAACAUUCUGGAUAGCAAGCCCAGUGCAAACAAGAAGUGUGACCUGAUCAGCGUCCCCAAGAAAACUGCAGACACAGCCAGUGUGCAAAAUGAAGCCAAGUUGGAUGAGAUUUUAAAAGAGAUCAAAUCUAUAAAAGACACAAUCUGCAAUCAAGAUGAACGUAUUUCGAAGUUAGAACAGCAGAUGGCGAAGAUAGCAGCCUGAAGGUCCACCCCCCACCCCCAAAAUGGGAGCAAGGACUUGUGCUCGUGGCUGGUUGUCGAUGUGGUCCCAGGGAGGGCGAAAGGGAGGCACUGCCCUUGGGAGACAUUCCAUUUCAGAUUGUUAACCAGCGAUAGGCCACAUUCCAGGAAGAACUCAAUUCGUCUCCCAAAUUUGCAGAAACAAAAUGUGAUUUAAAAGCUGAGCUUUUUAUCAGAAAGCUUUUUUGAUGUUUUAAGUGUUAUGUGACUUGUUGAACUUUUAAAAGACAAAAGUGCUACUUUUAAAAUCCCAGAUAUUCUGAAUUUUAGAAAACCAACCAAUUCUGAUUCAGUGUCGUGCCCAAGUUCCUUUUUUUACAAACAGGGACCAAUGCCACAUUGCUUUUUAUAUUUCUUUUUUUUUUAAAUGUUGCCAAAACCAAAAGUAGUAGCUUUUUUUCUUUGUAUUUUGCUACCUUGCAGUAUUUGUGUGUGGGUUUUAUUUUUUCCUUAAUUUGAAAGGGACAGCACUGUGUAUGUUUAUAAACUAAAUGAAGAUAAGAUAUUAUUUUGUAUCAAUGUUCACCUGAAAACAAUCUGAGCAGUAGGCACAUCGUGCCGGCUCGUUCGCAGCGCAGACCUGGUCAUCUUAGUGACUGUACAAAAGGAAGACUCGAAAAAUCACGUGGGUUCGUAUCCCUGCCCCUCUCAUUUCACUGAGUCUUCUGAUCAAAAAAGCUCCAGAGCGUAUCAUUUCCUUUCUUUCUCUUUUCUAGAAGUUGGGUGGUUGUAGCAGAACGGAAUUCUGCUUCUUGGUUAUCCUGUGCUUCAGAUGAUUACACUCUAGCCUAACUAGCACGUGUGUCUGCAGUGUCGUUACACAGAGAACCGCUGCCCUCAUCUCCUUAACAUCGGGCUUCAGGUCUGGGCCGGUGCUCGACUAGGCGUGCCGGGACGAGAGGACGUACGCACUGUUGAGUGUCCUUCUCACCUAUUUCAGCAGCUUGCCCAGCGCCUGAGUACGCUGGGGCGCUGAGAAGUAGGGACCUUGGAGGGGAGGGUUUGCCUGUGUGACCCUCCGCUUUCCCGCCUGUCCCCUGCUGUCCUGGGCUGGGCCGUGCUGCAGGGAGAAGGGCUCUCCCUGUGCCUCCCUCCCUCCUCACCGUGCACUGCCUCGCUCACGGUUCCUUCCUGCCCUUUGGCUCUAACCGUUCAGCUGAGGUGAGGCCAGAGGUGCUGUUGGAUCCUGAGGCUGAGAAGAAUGGUCUAGAAGGAAGCACGACGAGGAGUGCAGACCUCUGCUGUAGCUUUAACAUGUACAGACAUGUCCGUCUGCCCCUCUGCAUAGACUAACCUGCUGCGCCCUCCAGCUCGCACCCAGCUGUGUCACAGCAGGCGCCCCCCACUCAGGCGGGCCGGAGGCUGAGCCCUGGUCCCCUGCUCUGUUCCUUGGUCAGCUAGACCUUCUCUCCGUUUCCAUUUUCUCGUGCAUGCUUGAGAAGCAGGAUUUAAGGAGCCUCUGUUCUGGAAUGGCUGAGUGUCUGUGAUGGAACAUGGAGCAUAGAGGGUCAUUGGGACCAUAAUGGGCCCACUUUUGCACAUGCUCGUGCUGGUAUGGGGCUGGAACUGGCUGGAAGCGUCUGUGCACUGGCAGCAAGGCUGGAGGCAGAGUGUGGUGGCAGCGGGUUAGAAUGCAGCCAAGCUGGGGGUGAUGUUGCGUAGAAAAGGUACCGUGUUCUUAACCCAUACUGGGAACACUGUCUCCACAAUUUCAGGGCAUCUGAGUGUUUGGUGUGGUUUUUUUUUGUGUGUGUUUUUAAUAUUGAAGUGGAUAAUGAGAUACAAAGAAAACAAUAAUUACAGUGACUUAUAUUCCAAUCUGGACAUGUUUCUUUAUCAGCAUAGUCUGCUGAGGACCUUCAUUUUGAAGAUUCAAAAAUAUUUUACAGUUCUAGUAUCAAAUUAAGUAAGUAAACAAAAUUGUUGUUGUUGGUGAAGCACCAUCAGGAGCGUGGUUCAGAGAGAAGAGGGCGGGCAAGGAGAGGUUACCCUGGUCCUAGUGUGCAGCUUACGGCUGACUUAACGAGCGGGUGCCCCGCCAGGCUCAGAAUCGGCGCCUGAAGCAUUGUGGGCUGUUUGUCCUGUUUUGUCUUUUCUUUAAGCCGUGCUAUCCCGGAGGAGAACCAGUGCAUUACUCCUAGAUCGGCUCUUAUAGAGCAGCCAUGGUGUUCUGUCAAAACACUUGCUUCCAUUUUCAAAGAUAAAAAAUCAUUGACUACAAAAUGGUGUCCGUGUUUAUUUCACGCCUGGGCUGUCUUGGAGGCUGCCCACGGCUCUGCCUGGCCCAGCUUCUCUGACUCAGUGGAACUAGCCAGGUGACUUUGACCUCUCAGGGGGGAUACGGGGCCGUGUGGUGGGCCACUCAGCUCACCAGAGGGGCAGGUCCAGGGCUCGCCUGGAGUGGAGUGCCUGCGUGCCACGUUCCCGCAGGCCUGGAUAUCUGAAUCCUGCCUCCAGCCUUCGCCGGGCUGUGCUCGGGGGCAGAGCUCCUAACCUGGGUGAGUCCCUUUUCUUAUUUUGGGAGAGGGGUGGUGGGAACUCUCUGGUUUCGGGGAAAGAGCUGGCGCACAGGGAGCCCUCACUGCGCGGCUGUCGCGGUUCCUUUGCCCAGCUGCUUCCCUGACGGCCUCUGAAAGCACUUUCUUCUUCAGUAGCAGUAAAAUUCUCUUGGCUUGGCUCUGAUUUUUAUUCCAGCUUCCCUUUUUUGCACUAAAACAUUGUCUCAUGACAUUUCAGUGACUCUAGUGAAGAAUUCCCCACCGUUUGGUUUUUCUGAAUGUUGGUAAAUAGGGUGGCACGAAGCUCCCCUCCUCACCCACCUUCUCCUAAAGUUGCUGUAGUCUGGGGUAGCGGCGGCCAGGUUUGUGGUCAGCGUGCGUGGUGGCAGGAAGUAGAAGCUGGCAGAUGCUGUCUGUAGCCCCUGGGUGCCCGUGGUCAGGGGGCAGACGCGUGGUGUGGAGUGUUUACAACCCACGGUUCUUCUCACUUCAGCCGCCUGGCUUUCCAGAAUACUGAGAGGUCACCAUCUUAGCUCCAGACAGCCGGCAGCCAGGCCCUGUCGCCGGAGAACUUCCGUUUUUUAAAGGCUACUUCCCUUGCCGUACUUGAUGUUCUGUGUCCAGAAAAACGUUUUGUUGGCUCUUAAGAAUCUGUUAACUCUAAGUGGCCCUUCCCUUUCUGCCAGCAUGUUAGGCGUCCUAAAGCCAUCACCAGGUCGUGGACCUGAGUCACGAUCAAGGACACCCACUUUUCCUUCUUCGGACAGGCAGGACUGUUGUCCAGGCUGGACAGCACCCUUUGUUCCUUUUUUUUUACUUAAAAAAAUCCUUUCCUCCACUGCUAGGAGUGUGUGCAAAUUGGUACACUCCUUCCAGAGACUAGUGUGACAGGGUAUGCUCUCAGUGUUCUUACCUUUUGGCCCAGGACUUUCACCUCUGGGAAUUUUGUCCUAAGGAAGCUAUAGGAGUAUAUAUUUAGGAACUGGAAGAGUAAAAAUGAGUCGAGCAAGGUCACUUAACUAAGGACCCCAGGACAGAUGGUUUUCAACAAACCCUUUUAAGGAUCUAUGCAUAAACAAUGUAUAUUUAUGUGUGGAAUAAAUACCACAAAUGUUGUUGC